AUGUCCAGGCGAUCGCCAGAGGAACCAGAGUAUGCCCAUUAUGCUAUGAUCUACAUAGAUAGCGAUGGCAAUCUAUGCCAAAGGGCCUCCGAUUCCAUUUCAGAGAGCCGCCAGACCAUCCUCUCCCCUAGGGUCACCAGUGAAUUCCUCCGAGCGGUGGCGAUGUCGAGAGAAGCCCACGCAACCCGAUGUCAAGGCAAAACAGUUUCUCCCGAGGUCCCGGUGCGGUCUAGCGGGCCCCCGUUUAACAACCACAGCUCUGCCCCGUCGCAGGGGGAGCUCGUGGCUUAUCGUGGAAUGUGUCCGAGUAGUCAACAGCGGAUACAAGUUCCUGUGCAAUCAGAGUCUACAUUUCACCCGACAAUGUGGCCAACCGAAUCCUGGCCUGUACAAGCCUCAGAGCCCAAGAAGAACUUUGCAGGUCGGAACCUCAACUUGGCUGCACACCAGAAAGCCUUAAUCUCUGUAAAAGAGAGAGGUCUGUUGCGUCUCUACUAUGAGAAAAUCUUCCAAAACUUGCAACAAACAAACUGUCGAAUAAUAGCCAAGGCCUACAUCAAAUUAGUCGAGCCGCGCAAGCAGGUGAACUACCCAUACAAUGGACGGAAGAUUGUCGAAGGCAGAACUCAACAGCUUGAUCCAGAGGCAACUAAGCCACCGUGGUGGCCGCGUGGAGUGAGCCAUAGGGAGCCGGAUCAUCUUCCAAAAGUUGAACGCAUUCGACUUUUGGUAUACAUGCUCUGCGAGAUGCGCGAAUCGCAUGGAAUCACAACCGCCAGAUUAAAACAAUGCGAUCAGCCCAUCCGUCGUCAGAUCCUGCCGGUCGAGCGGCUACAAAUCCUGGAUGAGGCAUAUCGAGUUCGCGAGGAAGAGGAAAGAUUCCUGGAUGGAAUUUCAGAGGGAAAACAAGUGUGCAUAGCUCGCACCAAUCUUCCUCAUAUGGCAGAGGACACAUCCAGCGAACAAAGCUCGCCAACCGAACCCGUCUCUUCCCAGAAUAUCGUCGAGUCCGAGUGCAGCGACGGCAUCUUCGGAAUCGAUAUAACCAAAGUCACCACCGGAGACCUGCCGAGCGCGUCAGCGUACAACCCCCCCAAUCCUUAUAGCCCGAUGCACCUGGGCCCCAGCAGCCAAUACCAUUCCGUCAGCCCCUCCAACAUGUCAACAUCACCAUUGGAAUUGAGGCCAAAGCACGAAUCACUAUCUGCCGGGACUCAUUUAAUUGAUCGAACGCGUUCCAUCAGCAUGGCGCACUAUCCAUAUCCCGGCGUUUCUGGCAUUCAAUCGGCCCCGAUGGAUUUCUACGGUACCCCUAAUAUGUCCCAGGAUGCAGGUGUUCCAAUCACCCAGACAUCGACGGAAAACUUGUCAACAGAGUCAAUGAUGCCAUACGGCCACCCUUAUUAUUUCAACUAUUGA